GAACGAUUCAUUCACCAAAAAAGAUUCGUUCAAAAAGAACGUAACAUCGCUUGAGCGUCACAUCAUAAGAUAUGAUGGGAAUAAACACGGAUCGUCUACUUGAACUGAAUGAAGUGGAGGAAACACACCAUAAUAUUAAAAUAAUACAAAAUGCAGAUCACACGAAGACUGAAAAUAUAGAGAAACCAUUUACGUGCCAACUGUGUGGAAAACACUUCACCAAAAAAUCUACUUUUACAGUCCACAUGAGGAUCCACACUGGAGAGAAACCACAUGCGUGCCAUCAAUGUGAAAAGAGUUUUACAACUGCAGGUAAACUUAAGAUACACAUGAGGAUUCACACUGGAGAGAAACCUUACACGUGUCAUCUGUGUGGAAACAGUUUCAGAGAUCAAAGUAGCCUUAAGUACCACGCAAGAAUUCACACUGGAGAGAAACCUUACACUUGCCAUGAGUGUGAAAAGAGUUUUACAACUGCAAGAUACCUUAAGACACAUUCAAGAAUUCACACUGGAGAGAAACCUUACACGUGUCAUCUGUGCGGAAACAGUUUCAGAGAUCAAAGUAGCCUUAAGUACCACGCACAAAUUCACACUGGAGAGAAACCUUAUACUUGCCAAGAGUGUGAAAAGAGUUUUACAACUGCAAGAUACCUUAAGACACAUUCAAGAAUUCACACUGGAGAGAAACCUUACACUUGUCAUCUUUGCGGAAACAGUUUCAGAGAUCAAAGUAGCCUUAUGUACCACGCACAAAUUCACACUGGAGAGAAACCUUACACAUGCCAUGAGUGUGAAAAGAGUUUUACAACUGCAAGUAACCUUAUGAUACACGCAAGAAUUCACACUGGAGAGAAACCUUACACUUGCCAUGAGUGUGAAAAGAGUUUUACAACUGCAAGUAACCUUAUGAUACACGCAAGAAUUCACACUGGAGAGAAACCUUACACUUGCCAUGAGUGUGAAAAGAGUUUUACAACUGCAAGAUACCUUAAGACACAUUCAAGAAUUCACACUGGAGAGAAACCUUACACUUGUCAUCUGUGCGGAAACAGUUUCAGAGAUCAAAGUAGCCUUAAGUACCACACACGAAUUCACACUGGAGAGAAACCUUACACUUGUCAUCUGUGCGGAAAGAGUUUCAGAGAUCAAAGUAACCUUAAGAGACACGGAAGAAUUCACAGCGGAGAGAAACCUUACACUUGUCAUCUGUGCGGAAACAGUUUCAGAUAUCAAAGUAGCCUUAUGUACCACGCACAAAUUCACACUGGAGAGAAACCUUACACAUGCCAUGAGUGUGAAAAGAGUUUUACAACUGCAAGAAACCUUAUGAUACACGCAAGAAUUCACACUGGAGAGAAACCUUACACUUGCCAUGAGUGUGAAAAGAGUUUUACAACUGCAAGAAACCUUAUGAUACACGCAAGAAUUCACACUGGAGAGAAACCUUUCACAUGCCAUGUGUGUAAAAAAAGUUUCAACCAUAAAAGCCACCUUACAGAACACAUUAAAAUUCACACCGAAGAGAAACCUUACACUUGUCUUGAGUGUAAAAAGAGUUUCAGUAGGAAGUGUCACCUUAAGGUACACAUGAUAACUCACACUGGAGAGAAACCUCACGCAUGUCUUCAGUGUGAAAAGAGUUUUACAGAUAAACGUGGUCUUGAGACUCACAUGAGAAAUCACACUGGAGAGAAACCUUACACAUGUCUUCAGUGUGAGAAGAGAUUUACACUUAAAGGCGCUCUUAAGACACACAUGGUAACUCACACCGGAGAGAAACCGUUCACAUGCCAUGAGUGUAAAAAAAGUUUCAAUGGUAAAAGCAAGCUUAAAAGACACAUGAGAUUUCACACUGGAAAGAAACCUUACGCUUGUCAUGAGUGUGAAAAAAGUUUUACAACUGCAUAUGAGCUUAAGAAACAUUCAAGAAUUCACACUGGAGAGAAACCAUUCAUGUGUCAUCUGUGUGGAAACGGUUUCAAAGCUCAAAGUAGCCUUAAGAGACACGCAAGAAUUCACACUGGAGAGAAAGAGUUCAGAAGUCGCCAGAGCUUUUAAUCUUGAAAAAAGACAUUUAACUGAUUCUGAACCUCCUUAACUCAAAGUCAUUCAUAAGUUGUUUCUUAAGUUAAUAUGUGUUUCCUGAAACAUUCUUUGUUAAGUAAACCUUAUGUAAGUCAUACGUUUGGAAGGUUGGUCUGGAGUCUGGAGCACUCCUAGCUAUACCUUAUCCCUUGUGACUCCACUAUGAGCCACCCCUGUGACAAAAGCUUGUGUACAUAGCAGUCAAUUAAAGCAACACUAAAGACUUAUUGCUCUUUGCUCCCCCUACAGGUUAGAAGCGUAAUUGUUCAUUACCACUGUCGUAAAUACUGCAGCAUAGCUGGCUCUGAUUGGAUUGUAGGUCUGCCGUAAAGCAAGUUUUGUAGUUUUCACUCGAACUACAGGACCACUACCCGACGGUUGGAAACUUCUUUAGUGCGGUUUUGGCCGAUAGAGGGCUGCAAAGCGAAUGUGAAAGUGCUGUUCACCCUGUUUUGAGUAGAUGAACCACUGAACUUUUUUUGGAACGUUAUUUUAAGGUAAAUAAAACUCUUUGGUGUUGCUUUAAAUAUAUGUUAAAAGUGCAAGAAAGUGUGUGUUUAAUUAGGCAAAAGUUUUCUUUUAUUUAAAGAAUAAAACAUUCACAUCAUUACACCUGAUGGUUGUUAGCUUUUUAAUUAUAUCUUCUGAAGGUAGAUAAGCUGCAAUGGAGACUAUUUAAACUGAAUGAUUGUGGGUGGAGGAGUUGGUGAAACUAUGGCAGCUAUACAGUGAAUAGUCUUACCAAAUCAAAGUCUUCUGUCUAGCAUUUAAGCUGCAAAUAAAUCGCAUGCCACAGCAGCAAAUUCAGCAGAUUUUGGAUCUUGUUAAUUCGACUUUGCCAUUGUCAUUUCAACAGAGCAGCCCAGAAAUUGGGCUACUUACAUUUUCUCUUUCUUUCUUCAUCUGUGCAUAGUUGUAGAUGUUGAAACUAUGUUUUGCAUGUUGUGCCAUUAUCCACCCUGGUUGUGUAGUAAACAAUUAUUAACCCUUAACAAUUAUUAACUCAUUCCCGCCAGCAUUUUUUUGUGAUUUUCACAAAAGUUUGGCAAAAUGCCUUU